CUUGUCUAGCUCUGCGUGAACUCUGUGUAUUCUGGUUUGAGACAGUUUAGGGUAUGUCGAAAAACUCCCAUUCUUACCUUCAAAAUCAUUGUAUAUCGCUGUUUUAACUUUUUUUUUGUAAAGAGUGUUUGACCUUCUUUUCAUGUUCACUUUGUAAACACUAGGUCGGUACUUCUGCAGCGAUGUAGGACAAUUUUGAGAGGAGAAAAUGAGAUGGGACUUUUUCGACCUGCCCUAAUUGUCAUGAACCGGAAUACACAGAGUUCACGCAGAGCUAGACAAGACGAGCGUUUGAGGUUAAAAAGUAUAUAAAUUGUUUUUUUUAGAAAAUAAACUUUUUUUUUGCUAGAUAAGACCCUUCUUCUAGGAUCAUUUAGAGCCCUUUGAAGCUGCAUUUAAACUGCAUUUUGGAAACUUAAACUCAGAGGCACCAUAGACGUCAACUAUAUGGAGAGUAAUCCUGAAAUGUUUUCCUCAAAAAACAUAAUUUUUUUGCGACUGAGGAAAGAAAGACAUGAACAUCUUGGAUGACAAUGGGAAUGACUUCAAAUACAACCCAUUCCUUUAACUCCAACUCCAAAAUCUCAACGUCCUAUGAAAGAACAACACUGGACAUUGUCUUCUAUGUAAGUUUAGUUCUCCUCGGCACCACCGGGAACUCUUUGGUCAUCUGGGUGGCCGGCUUCCGCAUGAAACCCACUGUCACAAAUGUUUGGCUGGUCAAUCUCGCUGUAGCAGACCUGAUCUUCUGUCUGACACGAAUCACUUCUAUCAUCAAAAGCAUUUUCUAUGAUGACUGGCAUUUUGGAGAUUUUCUCUGCAAGUUAGAUGGUUUCUUCAAGUACGCCAACAUGUUCUGCAGUGUUUUUCUUCUGGCUAUCAUCAGUGUUGAUCGAGCGCUCUGCAUUUGCUGUCCAGUGUUGACCAGAAAACGACGGACAUUAUGUCUCGCUCGUAUGCUCAGUGUGGGAGUCUGGAUUGUAGCGGUGAUGUUCAGUUCACCGUACUUUGUGUUCCGACAGAGCUACGUUGACAAGUACAAUUUGACCCAUUGCUCAUACAAGGAGGAAGAAGGUCACAUAUCAUCAAAGUACUUCUACUACUGCGCUCGUUUUAUCUGUGGAUUUUUGCUGCCCUUCCUGGUCAUCCUCGUCUGUUACAUACUAGCUGCUGUUGGGAUACGCAGAACACGAUUCUCUGGAAAAUCGAGGCCUCUUCGGGUUCUUGCUGUAUUGGUCUGUGCCUUUUUCUUAUGUUGGGCUCCCUACCACAUUCUUGGGCUGAUGAAGUUGGUGAAUAAACACAACAAAGCAGUAAAAGAAGGAUGGGAGCGCUUAUGGAGGAAGGCCAAAGUCUCAUACAUCAAGGCACCAGAGAAGAAAGCUCUAAUUCCAUUCCAAGGAUUGUAGAUACUGAGUUUGUCACUAAAGUUUAAGAUAGUAAUAUCUAACAUCUAGAUAAACAUCUAACAAAAUAAAAAGGUGAAUGCACAUCAGUGUCAGGUCUUCUGGCUAGCUUGUAUCAGUAGGAGCCUUUUUUUUUCUUUUUUUUAAUGCAAUAAUUGUAUAUUUUUGUGAUUGGUUAUGUUUGAUGCAUGUUCAUUUGCUAAUUAACAGGAUGGCAUAGGCAGGAAGAGAAAGCAGAAAUUAUUUGUGGCCUAAUAUGGAGAGCUAACCAGAAUUGCGACUGUGGUUAAUCCAAGUUCAUUUUUUUAUUAUUCAUUUUUAUUCCUGUAAUAUUUGCCUUUUACA